UAUUAUUAUUACUAUUAUUAUUACUGUUACUAUUAAUAUUAUUAUUGUAUAAUAUAUAAAUAUUAUAUAAUAUCAAAACAGUCAAUACUUAAUCACUCACCAUGGUGAUUCCAUAUUUACUUGAAGAAUGGCAGCGUGAAGCUGAUAUUGUAACUAUGGACGAACAUAGUGUUGUUAAGGCUGUUGGAAAUCAUAUUCUCAAACAAACUCUUGGUAAAGGUUCUAUGGGCAAAGUUAAACUUGGUGUUCAUAUUGUUACUGGUGAUAAAGCUGCGAUCAAGAUUGUACCCCGUGCAACUCGAAAUCGAAAAUUGACACCAAAAGAAUUAUCAAGAGAAUUACGUGCUAUUCGUGAAGGUCAUCUCAUGAUGUUACUCAAUCAUCCACAUAUCGUACAUCUUCGUGAUAUGGUUGCUGGCAGCCAUUACUAUUAUUUUUUGAUGGAUUAUGUUAGUGGAGGUCAACUUUUACAUUAUAUUGUCAAACGGGAUCAUCUAUCAGAAAGACAUGCUCGUCAUUUUUGUCGUCAAAUCGUCAGCGCGCUGGAUUAUAUGCAUCGAAAUUCUAUUGUUCAUCGUGAUCUCAAAAUUGAAAACAUCUUGGUGGAUCGUUCUGGUCGAAAUAUCAAAAUUAUUGACUUUGGUCUUUCCAAUCUUUUUUGCCCCGAACGUCAAUUAACAACUUAUUGUGGUUCUCUUUAUUUUGCCGCCCCAGAAUUGCUCAAUGGUCGUCCAUAUCGUGGUCCUGAAAUUGAUGUAUGGAGUCUUGGUGUAGUUUUGUAUGUGAUGGUCACUGGUUCUGUUCCUUUUGAUGAUAAAUCCUUACCUGGUUUACACGAAAAAAUCAAACGUGCUCAAGUUGCUUAUCCUGCUCAUAUGUCUACUCAAUGUCAUCAUCUAUUAUCUCAUAUCUUUGUCUCUGAACCUCAACAACGUAUCACCUUAGCCGACAUCAUUCGACACACAUGGUUAAAUCAAGGUCGAAAUGGUUAUAUUCGAAAUCAUCUUCCAUUCCGAGAACCACUCAGCUUACCAUUGGACAAUGAAGUACUGGAACGGAUGACAUAUGGAUUUAAUUUGGGUACAGUGGAAGAUAUCCGAAUGAAAAUGGAACUUAUUUUACAAUCAUCAGUCUAUCGCAUCUCUGCCACUCAUGUCUCUGAAAUUCAAGCCGCCUCCUUUGCUGAUCGUGAUGUCAAAUUGACCGCCAUCACAUCCUCAUCUGAUCAUACUCUUGAUAAUACAACAUCAGAAGCAACAAGUCAUUUUAUAUGGGGAAACUACAACGACCCACAAACAGUUCCAGCAGCAUAUCAUCCUCUUCUAUCUGUUUACUAUCUUACUCGCGAACGUAUGGAUCGAUUGAAAAUGUCAUCAAGAAAGACUAUGACAACGACUUCCAGCAAAAAAUCAGAUACUGAAGUAGUUUCAGAAAACACACCCAAUAUUGAUCCCAAAUAUUCAACAACCACUCAACAACCUAAUCAACGUAGUCAUCAUCAAAACAAUGGGCAUUCUUCAUCGUCAUCUGAGUUAUCUGUUAACAAAAAAGAAACCAACCAUAACCAUAUCGAUUCUUCAGACUUGCAUCAUCAACAUCAACAUCAUAAGCGUCAGAGUCAACGACAGGGUCAUUCCGUCAUUCAUCAAGCUAAAAGCAAGGAAAUAUCACAUCUAUAUACUGGAAAAACAAGAACAAGAUCAGCUCGAUUGCAUCGACAUCAUCAUCGACAUAUAUCUUCCUCUUCUUCUUUGGUUUCAACCUCAUCUUUAGUCUCCACCGUCAUGUCAGAAUCGAUAUCACUAUCGCCAUCUUUUACUUCUUCAAUACCAAGUUCCUUAUCUCGCUCAUCAUUACCCAAUUCGCAACCACCUCCCGAAAACGCUAAACAAAUCGACAAUAUCACCAAGGAGCACCUAGAACCGUCUUUGCCAUCAUCACUAACCCGUAAACAGUCUUCGCCAAAGAGAGAACGUGCUCGGUUACUGAUCAAGUUGGGUGCACUCUUUCGACGUAUAUGGAACCAUCAUCAGCGUCAACAUCAUCAUCAUCGUUCCAAGUAUCAUCAUCAGGAAGAGCAACAACCCCAUUUUCUGUCUCAGCCUUGCGAAAAUAGACCAAAUGAGGAAGAACCAGUAAAGUGUACAGAUACUCAAAUGAAAAAGGCGUCGCCAACAGCAGCACUAGCUGAUUAUACGGAGACAUCAUCAUGUCAACAACAUCUCAAGUCGACUUCAACAUCCUUAUCAUCCACCAUCAUCACAGUUCAAGAAAAUGAAAGAGAUCCACAAACAACACUCCCUACUGACAACAAAAGAAUGCCGACAACGUUGAUGAUCGACUCACAGAAUGAAGGUAGCCAGCUAGAUAGUCGAAGUAGCCAUAGUAGUAGAAGCACUUGUAGCGAUAAAUAUACAACGGACGAUCACAACUUUAAUCGACAUGAACGGACUCCUAGUUGGUUUUCAAGACGACUUAGUGCCUGGAUGGAUCAUGCAGUCGAUUUGAAUCGAUCGACUUCUGGAUUGGGAAGGACAAAGUAGAAAACUCUCUUUUAUAUUCUUAUUUAUCAUUACUUUUACUUUAUCAUUUGAUGUCAUUGUAUUAUGUAUUUGACCAUUCCAUUUGUAUUAAUAAAGAAGAAUUACCUUUGUAUCUCUUUUUUUUUUUUUUUUUUU